AUGUGGGAUGCCAUACAUGAUGUUUUUGCGGUAAUCCGUGAUUACCUGUCUGCUCAUGGCUUUGAUUGCAUGGAUCCAGCAGGUAACCUUAAGCUGAUGGCUGUAAAACAAGAAACCUUUGACCAGCCUACUGAAGCGGCUGCGACUGAAGAGACACUCAUUGCUGGCACCACAGAAGUUCUUGUGGAUGACUCAGCAUUAACUGAUGAUGAUGCGCCUUCAAAGUCUCCAACUGAAGAGCCAUCAUCUCCCCCUCGCUCUUCUACUCCAGAAGGCCACAUAGAGUCUUUAGACCCUGAGUCCCCCAGGUCUCCUCCACCAAAGUCGCCUUCGCCUUCACCAGAGGAAGUCAAUUAUACUCUAGCUAUCAUUCCCACAAUUUUUGCAGCAACUGGCGAUGCUUUCACUCUUUCUAACAAAGACACAUCUACUCCGGAAUCCAACCAACCCCAAGUUGUUCCUAAAGAGGCCGGUUCGGAAACUGAUGUUUUCAGGAUGGAGAUUGAUGCCCCAACUGAUAUCCCAACUGCUGAUGCUGAAGAAAUGGUUGUGGAUAUUCCUGCCCCUGAUGUAACUCCAUCAACUAAAACUUUGGCUCGCACUCCUAAUGUUACUCCAGUCGCAGAACCAGAAACUGGAGUGGAAAAGCCACAAACCAAGGCUAUGGUCAUUGAUGACAUAGCUGUCACCCAAGAGUCAACUGAAGUUCCUCAGCAGACUACAGAUGUCCCGGAUGCUGCAACUGAAGCUUCAACUGAAGCUUCCACUAAAGAGCUUAAGCUGGAUUCUACAGUUCUAGCUCUUGAAAAUACUGAAGCUCCAAAAACAGAUGCUAGAGCUUAA